AUUAAAACGCAUCAAGUGACCGUGCUAAGUGCUUUAAAACCUUAAAUUCAAAAUUAUAAAUUAUAAACGUACAGUGCCGUACAGUAGUGAAAAAAGUAAUAAUAUAGUACAGCUUUUCAACAAUUUAAGUGACAGAAAAAAUAUAUUUCCAUAAAAAUGCGAUUCACAAGCAACAUGGCGCAACUCAUCGAUGGCAAGAGCAUUGCCCAGGAUAUCCGCAAACAGCUAACCCAGGAGCUUAAGGAGCUCCUGACCACCGGUUGUCCAGUACCGCAUCUAACUGCGGUGAUUGUGGGCGAAGAUGAGGCCAGCAAGAAGUAUGUGGCCAACAAGAUGGUCGCCUGCCGAGAGGUGGGAAUUUCCUGUGAAACCAAGAAACUGCCCGCCUCCACCACGCAGGAGGAACUGCUCGAUGUGAUUGCUAAGCUGAACAAGGAUCCGCAGGUAUCGGGAAUCCUCGUGCAACUGCCAGUGCCGGAUCACAUCAAUGAGCGCACCAUUUGCAAUGCCGUGCAUGUGGACAAGGAUGUGGAUGGAUUCAAUGAGCAGAAUAUGGGACGCUUGGCUCUCGACAUGGACUCUCUAGUCCCAGCCACGCCGCUGGGCGUAAAACGUCUGCUGGAGCAUUUUAACAUCGAGACUUUGGGACGCAAUGCCGUCGUAGUGGGCCGCUCCAAGAACGUCAGUCUACCGAUGGCCAUCCUAUUGAGCUCUGACGGGAGAUAUAACACCAAAGCGUUGGAUGCCACGGUGACCAUCUGCCACCGUCAUACGCCGCCCAAGGAGUUGGCCCGCUACUGUCGCAACGCGGACAUCAUUGUAGUGGCCGUUGGCAAGGUCGGACUUAUCACCAAGGACAUGAUCAAGCCUGGUGCCUGUGUCAUCGAUGUGGGCAUCAAUCGCAUCAAGGACGAGAAGACCGGAACAUUUAAGCUUGUCGGAGAUGUGGAUUUUGAUGAAGUGCGCCAAGUUGCCGGUCAUAUUACUCCGGUUCCCGGCGGUGUUGGGCCCAUGACGGUGGCCAUGCUUCUACACAAUACUCUUAAAGCUAGCAAGAAACAGUUCAGCGACCGCAACUCCUGCUGAGAUUAGUUCCCAUAGUGCCACCGAUGAGGAAGAUCCAGCCUCUCGCCGGGCGAGAAAUAGUAUUUUUUGUAUUUAAUCCGCUAACCUAAAGUAGAGAGUAGAGCUACUGACCAACCGCUAACUUGACGAUUGUGGCGCGCACAUAAUCUUGCAUUUUUUGGUAUAUAAACACAGAUAAUGGAAUCUUG